AUGGGCCACGACCUCUCCAAGCAGGCGAAUCGGCUCUCGAUCGCCGCCGUCUCCCACAUCACGCAGUUCGACCGCGACGACCUCCUCGAGCUCCGCACGUGCUUUGAAAAUGCAGUUUUGGCCAAGAGCCCCAAGUCGAAGAAGCCGAUUCCGCUCUCGGCGUACGCGGCCGCCAAGGACCGCGUCGAGCCGAAUUUGACGCGCGCCGACUUUAACGCGGGCCUCGACCACGAGUCGGACCGCGCGAUCCUCGACCGCCUCUUUACGAUGCUCGACAAGACGGGCGACGACGUGAUCCACUACCAAGAGUUCCUCGUCGGCGUUGCGCCGCUCGUCAAAGGCAACCUCUUGUCCAAGAUUGCGCUGGCAUUCGAAAUGUACGACGAAGACAGCACCGGAGAGAUCAACGCCAAGGGCUUUCGGUUCCUUCUGACGACAAUUUCGACGGUCGGGUCCUACUUUGGCGACCCCGUCCUCUCCAAGAAGGACGUUAUUGUGCUCACCAACGACAUCUUUGACAACUACGACACGAUCGAAGUCUGCUAG